AUGCUGAGCAGCUCGUUACGCAAGACCGGCAGCUCCCUCCUGAGGGCCAGCAGCCAAGCUACCACGAGAUGCGCCUCCCGUAGCUCGAGGUGCUACGGCCUCGCCGCCGCCCGCCGCCCGCUCGCCGUGUCGGCCGCCCAGAGGAGGUAUGCCUCGGCCACCGCCUCCUCCUCCCCCGACCCCAACGACAACUUCCUGUCCGGCAGCACCGCCAACUACAUCGACGAGAUGUACCUGCAGUGGAAGGAGGACCCCCAGAGCGUCCACGUCUCGUGGCAGGUCUACUUCAAGAACAUGGAGAGCGGCGACAUGCCCAUCUCCCAGGCCUUCACCCCGCCCCCGACCCUGGUCCCCAAUGCCACCGGCGGUGUCGUCUCGGGCGCCGCGCUGGGCGGCAGCUCCGACGUCACCAACCAUCUCAAGGUCCAGCUCCUCGUCCGCGCCUACCAGGCCCGCGGCCACCACAAGGCCCAGCUCGACCCCCUCGGCAUCCGCAACGAGGCCAAGGGCUACACCAACAUCAAGCCCAAGGAGCUGAGCCUUGAGCACUACCAGUUCACCGAGAAGGACCUCGACAAGGAGUACGAGCUGGGCCCCGGCAUCUUACCUCGCUUCAAGCGCGAGGGCCGCGAGAAGAUGACCCUGCGCGAGAUCAUCGCCGCCUGCGAGAAGAUCUACGCCGGCUCCUACGGUGUCGAGUUCAUCCACAUCCCUGACCGUGCCAAGUGCGACUGGCUGCGGGAGCGCGUCGAGGUGCCCCAGCCCUUCAAGUACUCCAUUGACGAGAAGCGCCGCGUGCUCGACCGUCUGAUCUGGAGUUCGAGUUUCGAGUCCUUCCUGGCCACCAAGUACCCCAACGACAAGCGCUUCGGCCUCGAGGGCUGCGAGACCCUGGUUCCCGGCAUGAAGGCCUUGAUCGACCGCAGCGUCGACUACGGCGUCAAGGACAUCGUCAUCGGUAUGCCCCACCGUGGCCGUCUGAACGUGCUCAGCAACGUUGUGCGCAAGCCCAACGAGUCCAUCUUCAGCGAGUUCGCCGGCACUGCUGCUGCCGAGGACGAGGGCUCCGGUGACGUCAAGUACCAUCUGGGUAUGAACUUCGAGCGCCCGACGCCCUCGGGCAAGCGUGUCCAGCUCUCCCUGGUCGCCAACCCCUCCCACUUGGAGGCCGAGGACCCUGUCGUGCUGGGCAAGACGAGAGCCAUCCAGCACUACAACAACGACGAGAAGACCCACAGGACCGCCAUGAGCGUGCUCCUGCAUGGUGACGCCGCCUUCGCCGCUCAGGGUAUCGUGUACGAGUGUCUUGGUUUCCACUCCCUGCCGGCCUUCUCCACCGGCGGCACCAUCCACCUGGUCGUCAACAACCAGAUCGGUUUCACCACCGACCCUCGCUUUGCCCGCUCGACCGCCUACUGUACCGAUAUUGCCAAGGCCAUCGACGCCCCCGUCUUCCACGUCAACGCCGACGAUGUCGAGGCUGUCAACUUCGUCUGCCAGUUGGCCGCUGACUGGCGCGCCGAGUUCCAGUCCGACGUCGUCAUUGACUUGGUCUGCUACCGCAAGCACGGUCACAACGAGACCGACCAGCCCUCGUUCACCCAACCCCUCAUGUACAAGCGCAUCGGCGAGAAGAACCCUCAGAUCGACAUCUACGUCGAGAAGCUGCUCAAGGACGGCACCUUCACCAAGGAGGACAUCGACGAGCACAAGCAAUGGGUCUGGGGUAUGCUGGAGGAGAGUUUCUCCAAGUCCAAGGACUACCAGCCAACUUCCAAGGAGUGGACUACUUCGGCCUGGAACGGCUUCAAGUCCCCCAAGGAGCUGGCAACCGAGGUCUUGCCCCACAACUCGACUGCCGUCGACCUGAAGACCCUGGAGCACAUUGGUGAGGUCAUUGGCAGCGCCCCCGAGGGCUUCCACAUCCACCGCAACCUGAAGCGUAUCCUGACCAACCGUACCAAGUCCGUCAUCGAGGGUAAGAACAUCGACUGGUCGACUGCUGAGGCUCUCGCCUUUGGUUCGCUGGUCACCGAGGGACACCACGUCCGUAUCUCCGGUCAGGACGUCGAGCGUGGCACCUUCUCGCAGCGCCACUCCGUCUUCCACGACCAGGAGACCGAGGACACCUACACGCCCCUCCAGCACAUCAGCAAGGACCAGGGCAAGUUCGUCAUCUCCAACUCGUCGCUCAGUGAGUUCGGUGCCCUCGGUUUCGAGUACGGUUACUCUCUGUCGUCGCCCAACGCCCUCGUCAUGUGGGAGGCCCAGUUCGGUGACUUUGCCAACAAUGCUCAGUGCAUCAUCGACCAGUUCAUUGCUUCUGGCGAGGUCAAGUGGAUGCAGAGAACCGGUCUGGUCAUGUCCCUGCCCCACGGUUACGACGGUCAGGGUCCUGAGCACUCGUCUGGACGUAUCGAGCGAUACCUCCAACUCUCCAACGAGGACCCCAGAAUCUUCCCCUCGGAAGAGAAGCUCGCCCGUCAACACCAGGACUGCAACAUGCAGAUUGCCUACAUGACCACCCCCGCCAACCUGUUCCACAUCCUGCGUCGCCAGAUGCACAGGCAAUUCCGCAAGCCUCUCAUCAUCUUCUUCUCCAAGUCUCUGCUGCGUCACCCUAUUGCCCGCUCCAGCAUUGAAGACUUCACCGGCCCCGAUGCUCAGUUCCAGUGGAUCAUCCCGGAUCCUGAGCACCAGACCGGCGCCAUCAAGUCGCCCGAGGAGAUCGACCGUGUCGUGCUCUGCUCUGGCCAGGUCUACGCUGCCCUGCAGAAGCACCGCGCCGACAACAAGAUCGAUAACGUUGCCAUUACCCGAAUUGAGCAGCUCAACCCCUUCCCAUGGCAACAACUGAAGGAGAACCUUGACAUGUACCCCAACGCCAAGACCAUCGUCUGGUGCCAGGAGGAACCCCUGAACGCCGGUGCCUGGAGCUUCACCCAACCCCGUAUCGAGACCCUCCUCAACCAGACACAAUACCACGACCGCAAGCACGUCAUGUACGCCGGCCGUAACCCAUCCGCCUCAGUCGCCACCGGUCUGAAGGCUUCCCACAAGAAGGAGGAGGAGGAUCUGUUGGAGAUGGCGUUCUCCGUGACCCAGGACAAGCUCAAGGGCGAGUAA